AUGGAACUUGGGAAAUGGGUCCUCAGCGUAAAUGUGAACAAAACUGAGAUUACGGAAAUCAAAAGAGAAGAUGAUACUACCCAUAAAAGAUGGAGACACACUAAUAAGCUUGGAUCCCUACUGGGAGACGCUGAAGAUGUACUAAGGAGGAAAACACUGGCGAAUUCGGCAAUGGCGAAACUGAAAAAAGGAUGGCUAAGAGCCAAAGGACUUGGAGUUGGCAUCAGAUGCAGGCUCUACAACGCGUUUGUGAAACCGAUCUUGCUGUACAACGCUGGGACAUGGGGAUGUUCCUUCAACGAUCUACGGAAACUGGACUCAUUCCAUAGAAGGCAACUAAGAAGCUUACUCGGAAUGGAGUGGCCACGUCGAAUAUCAACCAAUGGUAUCUACAACAAGUGUAUGUGCUCCUGCAUCAGCGAGGAUGUGGUAGAUGCCCGGUGGAGGCUAUUCGGGCAUGUACUAAGAAUGAACCCGGACGCACCCGCUAACAAAGCGAUGGAAGACUACUUCGACAGAUGCGACAUACCCUUCCGCGGACGACCUAGAUCGACACUUCCAACUGCCUUAAACAAAGACCUAACUCGAGUGAGGAAAAACCUAAAGACGGGGGGACGAUCUGGACGAAUUGAGAUCACUCGCACACGACAGAGGAAAAUGGAAAAACUAACCUUAAAUAUCGUUACAUUGAGUGUUGCACAUGCGGGGCUAUAA